GGCCAUUAAGAUCACCUUUGGUGCUGAUCUCAGCUCCGCGAUCCCAAAGUGUCCAGUAUUUAUACCAUGAAUUGAUCAUAAAGAGGUUCCAUGCUUCUCGUUCACUGCCGACCCUCCCCUUUGCUAACGCUUCUAUCAACGUAGCUCAGACAGUACUCGGCAUCAUCCCCUUUCAUUCAAAAGCACAGAGUUGGUGAUUAGGGCGCUCGUUCCUCUUCCAGUGCUCGUUUGACUUUUGGCCUCAGCAGCACCGAGGUUAAGUAGCUCUGGUUCCCCUCCUCUGAGCAAGAACUAGCACGUACCACGCCAUCCUGGUUUCGCGAAAUCCUUUCAUCUCGAUUAAUCAGUCAUGGUCUUUUUCGCGUCCGGGGCGGCCCCAGAGAUACCCAACAAAGACAUCUGCUCGUGGAUCUUCGAUGAGCCAAAAUACGAUGUCAACAAACCAAUCUUCAUCGAUGCAUCGAACACAAAUCGCUCCCUUUCACACCUGCAAGCCCGCACGAUCAUUCGCCAGUUGAUUGGCGGUCUGCGAAAGGCCGGCGUGAAAAGGGGUGAUUGUGUCCUCAUCCACUCCUUCAAUGACAUUUACUAUCCAAUACUCUUCCUUGCCAUUGUCGGGGCCGGAGCAGUGUUCGCUGGGACGAAUCCAGGCUACACCCCUCUCGAAUUGCGGCAUCAUGUUGGCAUUACCCAGGCCACUUUUCUCAUUAGUGAACCCGAGCUGCUUGAUUCGCUAAUGCAAGCUGCUAAGGAUAUGAGGAUCCCCCAGUCUAAUGUCCGCGUUUUCAACACACAGCCCCACCAGUCCGUACCGGAAGGAUUCACCAGCUGGACAGACUUGAUGCAGCAUGGUGAAGAAGACUGGGUGCGCUUCGACGAUCUUGACACGUGUGCAAACACGACGGCUGCUCGAUUGACGAGCUCUGGAACAACGGGCCUGCCCAAAGCCACCAUAACUUCGCACCGGAACUUGAUCGCUCAACACGAGCUCUGCUACAGUCCAAUGGUGUACAACAAGCCCUACGAAGUGGUCAAUCUGUACCCGACCCCCAUGUUUCACGCCGCAAUCGCGCCUCGCUGUCACACUUCGACGCUGAAGCUCGGAGAGAAGGCGUACGUCAUGCGGCGGUUCGAGCUGGAGCCCUUCUUGGCCAACAUCGAGAAGUUCAAGGUCACCGAGUUCUACGUGGUGUCGGCCAUGGCCGUGGCCAUCGCCAUGUCUCCGCUCAUCAAGAAGUACUCGCUGAAGUCGAUCCGGCACGGCCUGGCCGGCGCGGCGCCCCUGAACAAGGAGACCCAGGCGGCGAUCAAGCCGUACCUGGGCCCCGACGCGCCCUUUGCGCAGGUCUGGGGCAUGACCGAGACGACGUGCAUCCUCACGCAGUUCCGGUGGCCCGAGGAUGACGUGACCGGCUCGGUGGGCCGCGUGAUCCCCGGCAUGGACCUGAAGCUGGUCGACGACCAAGGGGGCGACAUCACGGGCUACGACGUCGUGGGCGAGAUGUGCGCCCGCGGGCCGACGGUGAUCCGGGGCUACUUCAACAACCCGGAGGCGAACCGGGAGUCGUUCGACGCCGACGGGUUCUACCGCACGGGCGACAUGAUGUACUGCGACGGCCGGACCAAGCUGUGGUACGUGGUGGACCGCAAGAAGGAGCUGAUCAAGGUGCGCGGCUUCCAGGUCGCGCCGCCCGAGAUCGAGGGCGUCCUGCUCACGCACCCGGACCUCGUCGACGCCGCCGUCAUCGGCGUCCCCGCGGCCUCCGAGCUCGACGGCGAGGCCCCCCGCGCCUACGUCGUGCGCCGACCCGGCGUCGACCCCGGCCGUCUGACCGACAGGGACGUCUACGACUGGGUCGCCCGGCACCUGGCCAGGUACAAGCGGCUGGAAGGCGGGGUGCGGUUCGUGGACGUGAUCCCCAAGAACGCGAGCGGCAAGAUCCUGAAGCGCAUCUUGAGGGAGGAGGCCAAGAAGGAGAGCGCGGCAUCGAAACUCUAGACGUGGAAUCUCCACGAGUGGACUACAUACCCCGGUACGUGUAUAUAUUGAAGUAGAGUCGGGCUUUCCAAAUCGAGAGA